AUGAAUCCAUAUAUUUGCCUUAGUCCAUUCGGAUGUAAACGUCGUUAGAGACGGCAAUACCUACCGAGCGCAGUGCUUGAAACAACGACGAGGCAUUUCAGAUGAAUGUGUUUCCGAUGUGAUACGGAUAAUUAGAUAAACUCAAAACAGCAAUCAACUCACAAGCACACAGGCAUUACUGGUCACACAUCAUAGUAGAGGAACAAUCAUGUCGACGACAGCAACGCGCUACCCUGGGGAUUGUGACGAAGCUUACCCCGAAGUUUUCACCGUUCCUCCACCCCAGCCAACUGAAGCAAAGCCAGGACAACUCACAAAGGCUCAAGUUGAUCAUUUCUUUGACAAGGGCUAUCUGAUAGUAGAUAAGUUCUUCUCCAAGGAGGAAUUGGACCCUUGCAGAAAAGCCAUAGAGAAACAAGUUGAGGAUCUCGCUCAGAAAUUGUACAAAGGAGGAAAGAUUAAAAAUUUGUACCAAGACAAAGGGUUGUUCGAACGCCUGUCGUUUAUUGAGAAAGAGUUUCCUGGUGCCAAUGUCAUCUUACAUAAAGCAGGUAUCCUCCCACCGGAAUUCCGUGCAGUUUGGAGCAAUGACCGACUCUUGAAUUUGGUUGAACAACUGGUUGGACCAAACAUAGCUGGACACCCAGUGUGGAAUCUGCGGACAAAAACACCUCAGAACAACGCGUCUACAGUUCCAUGGCAUCAAGACUGUGGUUACCUUGACAACGAGUCUUACAAAGUCCUGCAACCAACGGCUUGGAUUCCGCUUCUCGAUGCCACUGCUCAAAAUGGCUGUAUGGAGGUCGUCACCGGCGGUCACCGACCAGGUCGCAUCUGCCGUCACACGUGCUGCUGGGCGGACACGUGGUAUGUGGAACUUCCAGAGGAGGAGAUGGUGAAGACUCUGGGUGUGGAUCUGGACAAAGACAUCAAACUGUGCCCAAUUCCCUACGGCGGGAUGCUUUUGAUCAACAACAUGAUCCCCCACAGAAGUCUGCCGAAUCUUUCCAACGUUAUUCGAUGGAGCAUGGACCUGCGUUGGCAGGAUUCCUCUAAACCUGUCGGCUUCUACGGCUUGAAGGAGGGAUUACUGAUGAGGGAUCCGUCCAAACCUAACCACAAGAUUGACUGGUCGCCAUUUGUAGCUGUGGACAGAAGCGUCACUUCAAAACAGGCUUGCAAUAAGGGCGAGAAGGAGGAUGAGUUUGACACGACGAUCCAGGGUCCACACAUGAUGAAGUGGGAGAUGAUUCAUCAGAAUCGCCACACGGCAAAAGUCGAUAAGGGGAAGCCUUUCUCUAACUGGCACAAAGCAUGACAUGGAACCUAACAGGCACACACGUUAUCAUGCAUACAUGUGUAUCUAUGUAUAUUUGUUUCACAUGUGUAGCUAUGCAAAUAUAUGACCCAUGUACAUAUUAUAACUUUGCAUUUUUUUGCUGUAUGAGAUAUUUCAUGCCUGUGCUAGUACAUAGAUAUACGAUUCGGUUUAUCAAACUGAUUCUACGGAACGUGUAUAAGAAUAACAAUUUUUAUCGUAUGCAGUAUUUUAUGGGUAUAUUAACCAUUGGGAUAAUUAAAUCUUACCAAGAAAUAUAAAGUUGUUUUAUGCUGAUUGGCUAGGUCAUGCCUGUUGUUCCACGAUCGUUGGUUGAGAGGCUAUUGAAAAACAUGAUGUCAUAACAAUGCAUUGUCAUGACCUCAGUAAUAUGAGUUUAUGUUAUUUUAUUUUAUUUUAUUUUGAUAAUUCUAUGUACUUUAUAGAAUGUCCCUCAUGAUUUAUGGUUGAAAAUUACAAAAUAAUACACGGUGUGUCAGCUUAAUGUGGGCUUAUUGUCAGCUUAAGUCCAAAAGCUGGAGAAAUUAUGUCUUCUACAUUGAAAACUGUGCCAAGAAGCUAUCAGUUUCAACACGACGUCGUCAACAGUGAUAGGCACCAAUGUCAUCUUCUACUUAGACUUCACUGUGCAGUAACUAAACAAGGAUGCAAAUUUUAACCACAACAUAUAAUUAUAAGAGCGGAAAAAGUAACCCUGCUUUAUAUAAUGUUGUGUAAAUGUAAUGUUAUUAAAAAUAUCAUAACAAUA